ACGCGUGUGACGGUGUGCUUCUUGGAUCAGUUUAGCAUUUGUAUGGCAGACUAAGCAUACUUAACUUGUUACCCUGAACCCAAAUCCCUAUAGAGGGCUGUGAAAACCGUAAUUUAUAGUGACUAGUGAGGACCGAAUAAACUUCACAAGAUUUCUCACACUCUCAUCCUAUCAGACAAAUCAUGUGAUGAUGUGACUGUUUCAAAAGAUCAUAUGAACUACAAGGAUGUCACAGAACCAGUCCCACCAUCCGAUGAACCCUGCUGUCCGUCAAGCUAGUUCUUCAGGUGUCAAUCCUGCAUCCCCUCCAGAAGCAUCAGCUGCUUCACCUGCACCAGUGAUCAACAGCAGCGCUGGUGGUUCCUCCACAUCAGGCUUGUCUUUUGGCACAGAUUUAGGCCACUUGCUUUGUGACACCUCCAAUGGCUGGAGUACUGCAACUUCUGCUUCAAAUGUUUACAAUUUCAUGAGCAGCCAAGAUACAGGAGGCCAUCCCCCUCUAGUCCCUCAACCCUAUAUAAAUCAGCCUCUGCAACAACAGGCAUCAUUCCUGGAAGAAAUCAUUCCUUAUCUUCCCAGAAAUAUAUGGGAGAAUCCUGCAAGUAGAUACAAUAUUCUUAAUUCCCUGGUAACUCUCACUCCUGAGGAGCACCAACAGCUGAUCAUUUUGCUUCAGCAGCAGUAUAUAGAAUCGCAGCAACAACAAACUCACUCUAAUUUAGGGCUUGGUCCAGAUUCUUCUCUGGCAGGACAUGGAAAUCUCAUUGACACUAUUCAUCCAAACCUCCAUGGCAUGACUGGUGGAAACUCUUUGGCAGAAAACUUGAUUCAAGUCCAUCACAGUUUUUCUGUUAGUCAAGAUGCAUAUGAGUCAGGCUUGGGACCUGCAACUGCCCUCGGAAACAUAGGAGGACCUCUCAACCGUUCCAGCAGUGAUCUUGGAAGUAGAUUUAAUAGCUUUCACUUGGAUUUGGGCAAUCUUACCAGCACAGAGGGUCCAAACACAAGUACUGUGGAAAAUUCUGGCACUACGAGUCAAAGUGUGUUUCCUCAUCACCAGCAGCUUGGCCAGCUUCCAAUGUCUUCAAAUUUUCAGCCUUGCUCUAGUCUUUACACUCAAACUUGCCAUUCUUCUUCUGAAAUGCUUGCAACCGCUGCUCUUGAUCAAAGUACAUUACCAAAUAUCAGUUUGAACAAUAUAGGAGUACUCACAGAAGAUUUGCAACGAGCUCCUGGAACCCCACUCUCUCAUACUCCGCCUCCCAAGAAUGCUAAUGAUUUGGCUGCUCAAUGUGUUCAGAAUGGAAAGUUCCUGGUUAAUGACAAAAUGCAAGAUUUAUCAACUCUUUCUGGCCACAAUAGCUCUACAAGCAACGUCAGUAAAAGUAAGAAAAACAAGAAGAACAAAAAUGGAACUGAAUCACUUAAUAAAUGCAAUUUACAGUCCCAUUCAAGUGAGCACCCAAUGAAUAGUUCUAAGAUUUACCCUCAAGCCCUAAAUAGUGACACAGGGACUGUCCAUCAGACUGCAGCACCUCAGCAGUUUUCUUUCUACUCCUCUGACCAAAAUAUCUUGGAAAAAAUGGGUAAUUUGUCUUCUUCUUUUGUUAACUGGAUAUCUAGGGAUAAUUCACGCCUCAGUAAAGCAGCUGAUGAAGUAUCUAAUGAUGUUUCAGCUCUUAAAACUGACCUGCCAGAUGCUUGCAGCAAAAUAUCCUCAGCCAAGAGAAAUACAAAUAGCAGUGCAUUUGUGCCAUGCAAUUUUGUUAAUCCUGAGGCCAAGAUGGCUGCUGGCAACUCUGGUAAUUCAAACAAGUUGUCAUAUUCAGACGUCCUGAGUAGCUCAAAAGCUGCCAAUGAGAUGUCAACCAAAACUUCCAUGAACUCUAGUAGUUCCAGCUCCCUUUCUAGUAGGAAGUACUAUGUUGAGAACACUUCAACUAAUACCAGUGUUCCAGUUGUUGUGCCUGUAUCAAACGCCUUAAAUUCUAUCAAGAGAUCUAAGAAUACAUCUUCAUCUUCCCCAUCUCUGUCGACAAAAUCAAAGAAGCCUGUCAACCCCGUCUUCGGCAGUCGUGUUGGUUUGGAUGAAUUUGUCUACCCAACAGUUGAGGAGCUGGUCUCAUCUUACCGAGUUCUAGAUAGUCUAAACUCCACUUCAAGUGCAUGUCUGGACACUAAGUCUACCAGUCCCAAGUCAAAGCCUGGGAAAUUUGAUAGGUCUGCCAACAGCACGGAGAACAGUGAAGAGGAGUCUUCUGUUAGUGAAGUGCCUGUCAAAGUGAAGACCAAGGUGACUCCUCCAACAGGCCCUGUGCUGAACAACAACAACAACAAAAUUUACAACCAGAAACAGAAUUUGAAGAAAAGCAGCUUCAUCAACAACCUCUCAGAAGGCAGCUCUAGCAGCACCUCAGCCACUCAGCAGAGCGGUGCUCAGAAGCAAGUAUCUGAGUCACAGGCACCUCCAAGCGCCACUCAGACCGGCAGCACUACUGCACCUCAGAGACUUGAAACUUCAUCUGAAGACGAUGGUGCAGUUGCUGGAGGAGUAGUAGGCGCUACUGGCCACAAAUCCCGCAACAGUUUCAGCAACAACAACAGCAAUAACAACAAUAACAACAUUGUCUCUGCCAAGGGUGCUUCUGGUAACAGGAAUAAAGGCAACAAUAAGAAAAGAAAAGAGCCAAAUGUAUGGCACACGGUGGCAGCAAGGUUGCUGCAGUUGUGUUGCUGCUAUGUUGCGCUGGCCUCGAAGUGGCUCUACAACCUCGUGGCUGAGGUCAUCUUGAUGAGUUCUAGCCUCUUCUGGCACGGCUGGACCAAGGCGAUGUCUUUCAUCAAGCUCUAUGGAUCUGUUGGUCUGACUGCCUUGAAGGACUUGUGGGGCUGCGCUGUCGAAAAACUGGAAAAAUUCUGGCGACCUAAAGGUUCGAAGAAGCGGGCGCUGGACACAGCGUCAGCAACCCACUACCUGGAGCAGAACAUUAUCCUGCCAUCUACAGGAGACGAGGCCAUGAAGAGGCUCCUCGCAUGCCGUGGCCUUAACAACUACAACAUCCUCGGCGUCACGCCUAACGCCUCCCUGGAGGACAUUCGAAGGUACUACAGGCGGCAAGCAUUCUUGGUUCAUCCCGACAAGAACAAAACUCCAGGCGCUGAGGAAGCCUUCAAAGUUCUAGGCCACGCGUUCGAGGAGAUCGGCGAGCCUGCAAAGCGAGAAGCGUACGACAAGCGACUACUCGGUGAAAGUCAACUUGGCGAAGCUUGGGACAAACUAGCAGACUUGUUGAAGGACUUGGAGCGAAAGCUGGAGGAGUCAGCGAACCUCAUCUGUUGCACCAGCUGCCCCAACAAACACAAGAGAAUUAAAGUUCCUGACCGACCGUUGUACGCUGCCCGGUACUGCGACCAGUGCAAUAUACGGCACGGUGCCAAGGAGGGCGAUAUAUGGGCGGAGAGCCGCUACUACGGACUGCGGUGGCGAUACUACGCAUGUAUGGAGGGCGCUGUUUACGACAUAACUGAGUGGGCCAACUGUCAGGCUGGUAAUCUGAAACAACUUCGUGCCAACACACACGCAGUUCAGUACAGGAUAGUGGCGGGCAAGAAGAAGAGCCAGCAGCAGCGCGGUCAACAGCAGCAGCAACAACAUCACGCUGGGGACUUGCCUACUGACCCAGAGAUCGAGGAAUUCUUCAAUCAGUUGUACAGAGAGAAGUUCUCGCAGCACUUCUCCCCACCGUCUUCCCCUCCCGCAUCAACUGGCUCCCCCUCCCACUCUGCGACUCCCCAUCCUUGCACUCCCCAGGCUGGGGGUGACGCCACAACUUCUGCACCGCGGCGUCGAGGCGACAAGUCAGGACGCCGCCAGAAGCGCCAAUAACUUAGCCGAUCAGUGGCAGCCUCUUGUAAAUCUCGAGGAUUUUUCCUUUGGAAAAGUAUUCAUGGCUCCCAUUGCUAUAGACGAUGACGUGGCUCUUAUGGGAUGGAAAAAGCAACGGGUGCGAUGACGUGGACCAAUUGUUGGAUUCGGAAUAGCUUAGCCAACUUAAUAAUACUAGGUUCUCACUGCAUGGUGUGGACUAAAUGCAUGGCACUCAUUGUUGGAACCUAUCUAUCAGCCUCUAUUCUGUAUCUUCGUUUCGGAUUGGCUUGGAUCAUGAGUGUGCAGUGAGAGCAUAGGACGGACCAAACUUGAAAACCAUGAAAUGAGGGAGAAGAGUUCGGCUCGUAAGGGAUGUCAUGUCUAUUGUGUGCUGGGAUGUGUCAGUUUGCUGAUCAUAACACGAGUGAGGGAGUCUUAAGUUAUCUGCUACUGUAUAUAAUGCACGUUUUUCCCAUAUGCUUUCUUAUCAUAGUAUUUUUUCCGGUAGUGUAUGUAUUAUAUGGUGCAAAAUAUGAUGGGUGUAGCUCUUUGUCGUUCAGUUACGAAAUGUUUAAGCUAAUCUAUAAAGAUAGUCUUAACAAACCAUGAGAUGAGACAUUGACCAAUAAAACAAUGCAUUUCAGGGCAAUUCUACAAAGAAUUACCACUGAAUAGAUCACGCGAUCCCAACGCAUCACGCUUAUUACUUCCUGACUCGUAACUUCUUGAAAGUAUGACUAGUUCCAGCAGUGCGUUCACAGUUCAAUUCAAGACUGAGCUCAAAUUAAUCGUACCCGCUGGUCAUUAAACUCUUGCCCUGAGUAGGAACCUUGCUCUCGGGCUCUUAACCGCACUUGAAUUUUGAAUAUGAAUGAAUUAAUUAAAUCAUUGCUGUGCCACCGCAAGUCAGGUAUUUUGGAUGGUUAGUAUAUCGAUUUCUAUAUCUCGAUGUUUUUCAUCAAUUCGACAUAUUUUACAGUGAAUUUGUUGGCCGUCGAUUUGCUCUGGUAUAAACGGAUCGCAUUCCAGGCCGGAAUUUCGUUGAAAAUGUUUCUUUCUUUGUCUUUUUCCGACUCUGAACUUUUGUUGCUUUCUUGGUUCAAGAGAAAAUGUCUUUGGGGUCGCGACGUAUCUGGUGUACUGGAAGAACUGAAGUGAAUCAUAAAAAUUAAUUUAAAAAUUGCCACAACCGUUAGCAGAAUUCGCUUGAUUGGUGCCCAACGUUUUAAGAAUAUGUUUUAUUUAAAACUUAGUUGUCAGUCAUUUGAAAUUAAAUGAAAGAAGAUUCUGUCUUAAAUUAUUCUGUUCUGUAUGUAAUUAAUUUAUAAACUAAGAAUUUAUACUUGUUGCUUAUUUCGCCAAGGUUCAUGUAAUUAUGGUUUAGUUUGAGCUUUACGUUUAUAAACUUUUUCAGCUCGGUGCUAUCUUCACCUCAAUUUGUGUCUGGUUAUUUCAUAACAGUCGGCGACCAAUAAGGAAAAAAUUUCUUAAAAUUCAUAUCAAAUAAUAUGCUAAUGGUUCUGUGACAUGUAAUUCGUAGCUAAUCUUAAAUUGUAUU